AUGAGCGACAGACAUCGCAGACACAUGGGUCAAGCGCCGCUGAAAAGCCAUGUCUGCACAUGUGGUAAAGGCUUCGCACACGGAACCCGCCUUAAAACACACCGGAAUGGGUGCUCUACCAACGCAGGCUAUCCAAUAACUGCCGUAGCCGUUCAGAAGGGCAACGAGGCAACGCAAAGCUCUUUCAGCAUCACACGGCCUGUUGUGCCAGUGUGUACUCCUCCACCGGAACGCCGUUUGACCGAACCCGUUGACACAGGAAUCGAGGAAGUCCCAUGUUACAGCAAUGCAUCGCCCACCAUGAACGAACGAGGCCCUGGUCAUUUUUGCGUAACCUGCAAUGUGAGGGUGUUGCAGUGGGGCACCCACCAGCAGACCGCCAGGCACUGCGAGCUUCUUGGCCGUCCAGUAUCGAGGCCGUGGGUUUGCCGGUGUAGUCGUCGCUUCAUCCGUCGCUGUCAACUGUUGAGGCACCAAAAAUCAUGUCCACUGCCUAAGAUCGCGAGCGAGGAAUGCCCAAGCAUGAGCAACGUUGCACGUCUUCCGGACCGCCAGCCUCCUCAGCUGUCCUGUGAUAUCGAGCAUCACAAUAGGGCGUUGCAUCUUCCACUUCAACGGCAGCCUCUUUGGCCACUCUGGAACUCCAACCACGAAGAGCAGGUGUCGGACGGCGCUCUCGAAUCAAUCAAGACCAAUUCCGAACACGAGGCCGAUGAAAGGUGCACCGGCGACAAGACUGAGCAGCGCGAAGAUUGUAUACUAAAAAAGAUCUUGAACAAGCUCGAAUCUAUCGCCAGUCGAGAGGAGAGAAAUGAGAUUUGGGGCGUUUAG